GCCACAGCGCGCGUCCCCGCGCCCGCCCCGCCCCGCGCACGCGCCGCGGCGGAGCCGAGGCGGCUUCCGGGCGCCGGCGGGGCCGCCCCGCCCUCUCUGCUGCCGCCGCCAUCAUGGUGUUCAAGCGUUUCGUGGAGAUUGGCAGAGUUGCCUUCAUCUCCUUCGGGCCACAUGCUGGCAAACUGGUGGCCAUCGUGGAUGUUAUUGACCAAAACAGGGCACUGGUGGAUGGCCCCUGCAGUGGUGUCAGGAGGCAGGCCAUGCCCUUCAAGUGCAUGCAGCUGACUGACUUUGUCCUGAAGUUCCCACACAGCGCUCGUCAGAAGUGUGUGCGACUUGCUUGGGAGAAGGAGAACAUAAAUGAAAAAUGGUCAGCGACAAGAUGGGCAAAGAAGAUUGAAGCCCGAGAAAAGAAAGCCAAAAUGACCGACUUUGAUCGCUACAAGGUGAUGAAAGCGAAGAAAAUGAGAAACAGAAUCAUCAAGCAGGAAAUGAAAAAGCUCCAGAGGAUGGCUUCUAAAAAAGGCAAGAAGCCAGGGAAACCAGUGAAGAAGGCACCAAAGGGCAAAAAGCCAGAGAAGGCGGCGCCCAAGGCUAAGAAGCCAGAGAAGGCACCAGCACCCAAGGCACAGAAGGCACAGAAAUAAAAUGAAAUUCUCAUUAUGUAUAACUCUGUGUCUUUGUUCUGAUUUUAAAAUUACAAACGUUUGAUUUGAAUUGAAA